AUGACCGCCGAGAGUGGGCCGCCGCCGCCACCCUCGCAGUCGGAGGCACUGGCUGCGGCCGCUGCAGCCAUCUUCCCGGGAGCGGUGCCCGCCGCACGCACGCCCUACCCGGGUGCGGUCUAUGCGAGCUAUGCACCGCCAUCGCUCGCCGCGCCGCCUCCAGUCUACUACCCCUCCGCAUCUCCGAGCCCUUGCCGUGUCUUCGGCCUGGUUCCUGAGCGACCGCUCAGCCCAGAUUUGGGUCCCGCGCCGUCUGGGCCUGGCGGUUCCUGCGCUUUUGCCUCUGCAGGCGCUCCCGCCACUACCACCGGCUACCAGACCACCGGCUGCGCAGGGGCGCGGCCAGCCAACCCCUCCACCUACGCUGCUGCCUACACGGGUCCCGACGGCGCAUACCCUCAAGCCGCCAGCAGUGCGCUCUUCGCUGCAGCUGGACGCCUGGCAGGACCCGCUUCGUCCCCGGCUGGUGGCAGCAGUGGCGGAGUCGAGACCACUGUGGACUUCUACGGGCGCACGUCGCCAGGCCAGUUCGGAGCGCUAGGGCCUUGCUACAAUCCUGGCGGGCAACUGGGAGGGAGCAGUGGAGGGGCCUACCAUGCCCGCCAUGCCACCGCCUAUCCUGGAGGGGUAGAUCGGUUCGUGUCCGCCAUGUGAGCCGAAAAUAGGGACGAAAAUGAAUAGAUACUUUGGCUGUCUACACAAAAUAAAUAUCCCCGUGACAUGAGGACAGGACUAGAAAGAAGACCGAAUUGGGACCCACGAGGAAGGUACCAAGAGUGCUGGAGAGGCUCAAUCUCCUAGCACACCGUGUAAACACUGAUUUGUUUUGUAAAUGGGAGUUGAGGAGAGGCUGCCCGCAGCUUUUGGAUUAGCACAAGGGAUCUUCAAGAGGGUGAAGCCCCAAAGAACAGGCCUUUCUGGCAUUCUAUCAGGGAGGGUCCAUGGCAAUAUAGGAUGGAGUUGGAGACAGCGCAGUGUCUACACCAGAAUCAGAAUCGUGGGGAGUCAUAUAGCUUCACCCUUUCCUGUGCUGCACAAAACAGGCUUUUUCACAUGGUUUGGCCUUUUGUACCUUUGACUACAUUACUGCAAUAACAGGCCAGGACAGUGCUUUUCUUCUGAAAGUAAGGACAAGUUUGAAAAAAAAAAAAGUGGGUGUUUUUAGAUUUGUUUUUAAAUAGAAGAAGUCUGCUCUGGUUGAUCCAGCUGGUUUUCCCUGCCUCUGAGAACUUCAGACCACACUUAGCUCUCCAGUGAGACCCAGUUCCAUUCCAAACCUUCAAACCUUUAGUCUCCCUGUUACACAACAGGGCUCUCCCAGUCCACUCCCCUCCCCCAUAUUAGACUUAAGAACACCAUCAACUUGGAUGCCACCCUGCAUAUUUGGCAGCAUUGGUGGGCCACCCAGGGCCUCAAAGUAGCAAUCCAAAGUCUAACCAUCACUCAAGGAAUUGAUACAAAUCAUAGCAAGCACCUAAAGUCCCAGGACUAGCUCCAAGAAGCAAUUAUAUCACAAUUCAUUGAAUCUUUUGAGCAAGAUGUGCUGGUCAUCCCACAGCUAUUACUGCCCUACCAUAAAUUUGAUUUUCCAGUGAGGCAAGUAGAAAUACAUUUGCCCAUUAUCCAUGGCUUCUUUCCAUAAAGCAGCCCUGGACCCAAUGGGUACGCUAAAACGUUCAAAGAGAUGAAAGGACUGGGGUGGUUGGUUGAUGAUGGCUUUCAAUAGUUGGGGUUAGAUCUUUCAUUCCUGGCACCCUCUGCUCUGCCUCAGCAGCCUUCCCAUGCAGAAAGCAAAAAGAACAUUUAAAUUGGAUGGUCAACGAAGUGAGCUUUGAAAGAAACUGGAUUUUUAACUUUGAUGUCUUUGUUUUGUAUUGUUUUGUUUGUAAGCAACAGGCUCACCAAAAUCAGAGGAAAUCUAGCAACACUCCCACUUUUAUCUCAUCUUAUAAUUUUUUAUUUGUGGGGGAGGGCUUUCAACAUUAAAUAUGUCAGAGGUGCCACUCAAAGCUUUCAGAUAAAACUAAGUGGUAAGAUGGACUGUUUUUAAUUUAAAAGAAAGAAAGAAAGCUUUGAGCACUAGUUCUGGCAAGAGAAACUAGGCCUCUUUCUGCAGAGUUAACUUGGUAGGAAGAAGGUUGUAUGAACACUAUUAAUAAUUUCUUUUUAUCUAGGGGACUGCACGAUUCUGUUCACAAAGAACAUGGUUCAGUCUAGACAGAAAUUUGUCUAAAUCAGUGGUAUCCAAUAGAAAUAGAAUGCAAGUCAUAGAUGUAAUUUUGAAUUUCUUAGUAACUGUACUAAUAAAAGAAACAGGUGAGAAUAAUUUUAAUAAUAUAUUGUAUUCAGCCCAAUAUACCCAAAAUAUCAUUUCAACAUGUACUCAAUAUAAAAAUUGUUGAUAUGCUUUACUCUUUUGUCAUGCUAUGUCUUCAAAAAUUGGGAUAUAUUUUCCACUGACAACUUGUCUAACUUUGAAUUAGCCCCUUGUGGCUGAGGGCUACUGCUGUGGACAGUCUUUGCAGGCCAAAGUGUUGUUUCUUCCUGGCUUUGGUUUUAGUAAAUGACCACUUGAAGGCAGGUGGCAGCUGGAGCACCCACCCAGCCCAGUGACCAUGGAAUCUCCAGAUUUGGGGCCUCCCUCCUCUUCUUGUGAACCUUUCCGUGUAUGAGAUGCAAGGAUUCUAUGGCAGUUCUACUGGCUCUCCCAGACACAGAGGUCAGGAUGGCAGAAGCAGAAAUUGAGAGUCUUCCACUUGGAGUUCUAUCCUUGGCUGGGGAGAGCCUCCACACGGGAGCUGGAAAGAGCAGUUUUUGCACCUAGUUAGCAGGGAAUUGGAUGUCUCUUUUUCUGUGUUUGUUUUUUGAUUACCAAGUCCAGUGCUUUGACAAUGCCAUUAACCUUAAGCCAGUCCCUUCUCUAGCGUCCUCAAAUGGGAAUUUGCGACUGCUACCUCAGAGGGACCUCCUGAAGUUAAACGAGACAAGCCGGUGAGAAACGCUUUGCAAAGGAACAGACAUAGACGUGCGGAAAGGCGUGUCUGAAUAUAUGUAUGUGUACACACAUACAUAUACACACAUAUACAUAUAUAUGUAUAUACACAUAUAUAAUACAUAUGCACAUAUAUAUGUCUAUGUGUCGCCGCGACACAAAACUCCUGGAGCGUCGCGAUAAAGGCCCGGGAAAAGAUGGAACUGGAUGUCUUCGUCGUCCCCUCCCGCCAACUCCUUGUGGGUUUGGGCGACAGGUGAGAGAUUAUGCCAAUAGCAAAAGUCAGCCCCAGGAGAGAGAAGACUGAUUGCGUGCAGCCAAGGGGCUAGGAGAAGCACGAAGAGAGACAGCUCUUUUCGGUCUCCUGCCGGCAGGCGACACCCAGACCUCGCACGCCACCCGGGCGGAGCAUGAAUGGGAGCCGCGCAGGGACUGUGCUCCACCCGGACUGCAGCCCGUCUGACCCUAGGAUCUUCAGACCACCGCUCCGCAGCAGCAGCACCUUGGGACGUUCUAACUCUAGGAAUCCCCAAACCCGAGAAGGGAACUUCUGACACCCUCAUCUGGGGAGCUCAGAGACUGGAGGUGCGUUUCUUUCUCUCGUUACUUCCUUCCUAUUUGGAGUUCAGAAAGCCAGUUCGCUCCUCUUCGGGCCUUGAACUCCAGCACCGUGUGCAGGCGCCCCGGGGGCUGAGGGUAAUUAGAUGCGUUCUUCCCUAAUUGCCCAAGGCUCGUUAGAAUUCGCCCCUGAGCUGUAACAUUUUUUUCUUUCAAAUUAACUUUGCUUUGCAAUUAUGCGUAGGAAACCAGCAACAAAAGCAGACUUGGCCCGAGGUCGUUUAGUACGAAACGGAUUAGGGAGCCUUCUUCCCCCGAUUUAAAGAGGAAGAUCCCCGAGGCCUGAGCUUUGGGGAAAGUGUCCCUACCGCCGAGGUGAAGGGGGGAGCAGGAAGCGGCUCCAGGUGGAUCGUGUUGGAAGCGGCGGUGAUCCUCUUCAAGGCGGGGAUUCGCGUU